CGCCCCUUCUUCUGCACGUCAGUUCCAACAUGGCGGCGCCCCACGCUGUGGACGGGGUAGAGGGAGGCAGCGGCGAAACCGGGUUGACGCUGUCGGAUUCAUCUACCUGUGAUGUGAAGAGACCUCAGUUCGGGACACGUUUCCUUACAGACCCACGACAGGUCUUCCAGCAUAACGCAUGGGACAAUGUGGAGUGGACCGAUGAACAAGAAGCAACUGCUAAGAAGAAAGUCUUAGAAAACAGUCAGCCGCUACCUCCAGAGAAACAAGAGGAAUACGACAGCCGGGCCAAUGAGUACUGGAACGGCUUUUACACAAUCCACGAGAAUCGUUUCUUCAAAGACCGUCACUGGCUCUUCACAGAGUUCCCAGAGUUGGCCCCACAGUGCAGCCUGAACCAUGAAUCGCACCCUGGUGCCUCUGGUGCAGUAGAAAGUCAGCAGAACAGUCAGGAUGGAGAGCAAAGCGGGGAACAUGCACCUUUGUCUCACACUGAUGGUGACUUUCCUGGCUCGUCUGCCACCUAUCGCAUACUGGAGGUUGGAUGUGGUGUGGGAAAUACAGUUUUUCCAAUAUUAAAGACCAACAAUGAUCCAGGACUCUUUGUUUACUGCUGUGACUUCUCCAGCACUGCUGUGGAAUUAGUCGAGAGUAAUCCAGAGUACGACCCAGGGCGUUGUUAUGCCUUUGUUCAUGACUUGAGCGAUGUAGAAGCCAAUUACCCCAUCCCUGAUGGAACCCUUGAUGUUAUAGUGCUAAUCUUUGUUCUAUCAGCUCUGCAUCCCAAGAAGAUGCAAGCAUCCAUCAGUAGACUAGCACGCCUCCUGAAGCCCGGUGGAGUGAUGCUGCUCAGGGACUAUGGACGCUACGAUAUGGCACAGCUCCGCUUCAAGAAAGGAAGGUGUCUCUCCGAAAACUUUUAUGUCCGAGGCGAUGGAACGCAAGUAUAUUUUUUUACUCAAGAUGAGCUCCAUGAGCUGUUCACUCAGGCUAAGCUGGAGAAAGUGCAGAACCUUGUGGACAGAAGGCUACAGGUGAACAGAGGGAAGCAACUCACCAUGUACAGAGUGUGGAUUCAGUGCAAGUACCGCCAGGCUCCAGUUUAGCCACCUGGGUGUGAAAGUGGGGAGAACCCGCCUGACUUGACUGUCAACUACAGCCAGAAUUUAGGAAGUGAAGAGAAGGUGGUGCUUGCUUUUUCCAGUGGGUGUAUGGAGUGGACAUGAAAAGCUUUGUGAUGAAGGGAAUGCAACAGAAUAUUUACAUACUGUAAAGGUUUUACACUAUCCCAGCUGCUAAACUGCAGAUGGACACUUUUUUUAUGCGUAAGUUUCCUGAUGGUGCAGCAGUCCUAGCUGCAAUAGUCAUGUCUUGUCACUUUCUUAUGGAAGCCUGUUUCAGCCACUGGAAAGAAAAAAAAUUACCAGGCAGAGCUAAGUCUAAAUUUCAAGUUAUCUCGAAAUUUUAAGUUGGGUUGCUGAAAAUUUCAAUUUACUAACUAGAUCUCUUAAAAUAUCACCUUUAAUAAGUCAAAAAUUUCGAAGUACUAAAUCAAAACUUUGACUUGAGAAAGACAAAAACAUUUUUUUCAGUGAUUGUUCAGUUCAGUUAUUUAAGAAAGUGCUGGUUACCUGUAUGUUUCUCUUCUGACAUAUUGUUCCUGAUGUUUUGAAAUAAACUGAAUGAUUUUUUUUAAGAUUUUCCCUUUUGUACAUGCAAAAUAAAAAUAAAUUUUAAAAAAUGAAGUUUAUUUUUAAUUUAGUAUUUAAAAUACCUUGAAAAUUUCAAGGUUGUGCUUUUUUCCGAUGCUACUUUGCUUUCCAUCUCACGUUUAGUAGUUGACUGGCUGGUUAGGAAAAAAGACAACAAAUCAGUUAGCAAUUGGUUAUAUUAAGUCCG